CCAGGUCGGUCGGUGCCCACGACCGGAAGGCCCCCGGAAACUUGACCAGGUCAAGGGCAAUUCAUCAGCUGUUGGCCCUAUCUCGGGAUGGAUUUGCGCCAAGCUUGAGGAUCUCCGGCGGAAAUAGUGUGGAGUCAAAGGGGCUCAAGGCUUCUGUUCGUCCGGAUUCCCUGUGGGUCCCGGAAAUGCUUAGAAAUCCAGCCUCGAAAACGACGAUCAGUGGUAUAUACCUUCAUCAAGUUCAUCACCAGAUGCGAUCGCAAUGGUAAGUAUAACAACGAUGCCCGGGGUCGCUCGUGGUUGGAAUAUCGCAUCUCUCAGUCGCCUCAUUCCCCCCGGCUGAAGUCCUUCGUCAAUCCUGCCCGGUCUGACAUCAUGUCCGCCCAAACGGUCACGUUCCAGCGCCAGUCGACAGAACCCGCCAGUGUCAUCCGCAUUUACCGUCACGAUGCUGUAGGCGACGCCCCGAUUCCCGCGGACUCGGUUCUGCUGAAAUUCCUAGCUGCGCCGGUGAACCCCCAGGAUCUGUUGGUGAUUGCCGGCCGGUAUCCCGUCCAACCACACCAUCGCUAUAACAACGAACCCAUCCCCGGGUACGAUGGCGUGGCUCGCAUCGAGCGCGUCGGCACGGACGUUGACGUGUUGAAGCCCGGGGACCACGUUAUCCCCCGCGCCCACGGCUUGGGGACCUGGCGCACGGAAGCCGUGGUUCCGGCAGCGGCCGUGCUGAAAGUGUCGAAGAGUCUGGAACCAACUACCGCUAGUCUGCUGAAAACGGGUUGCUCGACGGCAUAUCUGCUGUUGGAAAGCUGUCCCUCCCUGCGUCCGGGGGAUUGGGUCGUUCUGAAUGCCGCGACGGGUUGGAUUGCGCGGAUGGUGGUACAGUUUGCCCUGCUCAAGGGCUGUCCGAGUAUCUGUGUGAUCCGAGACCGAGAUGAUAUCGAGGCCACGCGACAGUCCCUUCUCGAUCAGGGCGCUCGUGUGGUAGUCACCGAGUCUCAACUUGCCAACGAAGGCCCGGCCGCGAUCGCAGCCGGGAAGCGUAUUACCCUCGCAUUGGAUGCGGUCUUCGGACAAUCUGGUCAACGACUCGCCGCCAUGCUCGCCCCCGGGGCUACCUUCAUCAAUUACGGGUCGCUGGGAGGCGCGGGUGGCCAAGUAGUGCUGAGCCAGGAGCUGAUCUUCUGGAAACAAAUCACGUUCAAGAACUUCCGACUGUCCCAAGCGCUCGGUCGGUACACAGAGGAGGCACAGAUCGACCUUCUUUCGUGGUUCACCACCCUCUUCGAAGAAGGGAAGAUCACAGCGCCAUCGGUCAAUCGCGUGGACUGGGCGGAGGACGGCGACGGUGGAAAUCUGGAGAGUAAAGUCCAGUCGGUGUUGGCGAAAGUCGGUGGGAAGGUCGGACCGGCCGUCGGGUGCACCAAGCACGUGGUGCAAUUCUGAGUGUUCUC